AUGGCUUCCUACGGAUCACUCAUGCCCACCGCGGCAAGGAGUCUCUUGUCGUCAUGCCGGUCUCCGCUUCGCCAGGGGUCAAUGGCCCCUCUCCUCUCCAGCUUUCAGCAGGUUCGAGGAGCAAAGAACAAUCCUCAAGCACAAGGUAAAAAGAACAAGGAAAAGAGUAAGAAGACAAAGAAGGGUGCACGAGAGUUCAAACAAAGGGAUCUGAAGGAUAUGGAUCAAUUCGCGCUUUGCGAUGCCAUGAGGUACCUUCGCGCGUUCGAAGUCGGGCACGAACCAGCUACCUCCAAAUACGAAGUCCACGUCCGGUUGAAGACGAUGAAAGACGGUCCAGUGAUCCGCAACAUGCUCCGGUUUCCUCAUUCAGUCCAAACAGAAUCGCGGAUUUGUGUCGUCUGCCCUGCUGGGUCUAGACAUGAGAAGGAGGCUCGUGCGGCAGGAGCCGUCCUAGUUGGAGAACAAGAGGUUUUUGAUAAUGUGAAAAAGGGCAUCAUUGAGUUCGAUCGCCUGAUCUGUCACCCUGAUAGCUUGGAGGCCUUGAACAGGGCCGGACUGGGUAGGGUCCUCGGUCCUAGAGGACUGAUGCCCAGCGCAAAGACAGGUACCGUUGUUGAAGACGUCGCUUCGAGAGUUGAAAUGCUGCGUGGCGGUACGGUAUACAGGGAGCGUGAUGCUGUCAUUCGACUUCCAAUUGGGCAGCUGGCAUUCACCCCUGAGCAGUUGCGAGACAAUCUGCGCGCCACUCUCGAACAGAUCAAGAAGGAUGCGGCUGGCCUCAACGACCGCAUAAACAAGGAGAUCUAUGAAGUGGUGCUGAGCUCGACCAAUGGCCCUGGUUUCAGUCUCAACGGAGAGUUCAAGUCCGAUAAUUCCCCCGAUACUGCAUCUUUGAGCGGUCUGUAAAAUAGCUUCAAGUCUUUGCGUUUUUGGGUGUACAGAUUAUGUUAUAUUAGGAAGGACACGGUGUAUAAUGGUAUUGUUUCAUAUCUAUUCCUGAAGAA